ACAAGGCUUUCAUUUUAAGAUCAAUAAAUGUUGUUUAUUAUUUCGAUUGAAAAUUGACAUACGAGACUUUUUAACGCUGGUCGUCCUUUGUGCAACUUUGAAGAUGUAAUGAGUGCAUUGAGAUUAAACCGGAUAAUUGACUCACGGGUAACCAAUUAUAUUGAUUUUAUUUGGUUAAAAUAUCCGAAAACUUAUAUACAAGACAGAUCAAUAAAUACGUUUGUAUUAAUAAUUGCGCUUUUUAAGAAUUUAUGAUUUAUCAAGAGCUUGUGGUUUUUCCGUCGACAAUAGUUUGAGUUAAAAGAAGGAGCGGGUCACCGUUUGAUGUGGUGUUUACCUGGGUAUAACCGAAACUCGACAAUCUUUUAAACGUGUAGCAGAUAGAUCAGUAGUAAGUAUUUUAUGCAUACAUGUGUAUAAGUGACUGUACGCUAUUUUUGGGGACCAUGUGCUUCUUUUGUCCGGGUAGGUGAAACUUGAGAUCCCGAAAAUUUAGGGAGUUUUAAAUGUGUACAAAUUUAAAAGGAAAUAUGCAUAGGGAGCUAAAAUGUGUGAAGAAGCUGUGCAUUAAAGAAGCAGACCAUUGCUGUAUACUGAUAUAGACCAGAUACAUUGUUGCGAGUGUUUAGAAGCUUGUGAAACUGGAAUCUGACAGAACUUUAUCAAAGUGACUUUUUGCUUUGAUUUUUGCUGAAAGGUUGUUUCGAUAGUAACAUCUUCAAUCAUCUUUCACCCACAAUGCUGUGUUCAAGAUGAUGGAUAUACAGUCACCGUCAUGUUUUAGAACCGCAACGACUCUACCUCGCAACACGUCAUCUGGGACACUGUCCUUGAAUUCUCCUACAGCAGAAAGAUCCAAUACUAAGUAUUCGUUUUCGAGAAGUAGCAGCUUCACAGGCAAUAUGGUUGUAGAAUCCCAAUCGCUCAACUUUCGUCCGAUGACACCGGAUCCUCAUCCGGAUACUGUCAAUAAAUCAGACACUAAUAAACUAGAUUUAGAGAAAUCUGUACAGCAGAAUUUAUCCAUGCCGCCAGAGGGCGCCAUGACUCCCACUGAUGAACCGGUCUCAAAGAAACAGAGACUUCUGACAUCAAGUGAUGAACUUUCAACAAAAACUGACAUUGAGUAUAUUUUUGACAAUUUUCGCAGUGAUAAAAAUGAUCAAAAUUCUAUGGAGAUGAAUGGAGUGCAUUAUCCGGAAGAAAAGGUGCAAGAUUUUUCGACAGAAUCCAUUGAUGGCAUUGAUGGAUUGCCGACUGGUGAAAAACGAAGAAGGUUGUCAGAAUCUGUCCCAUUGAAAAAUGCUGAGUCAUUGUUGGAGGCCGCAUUCAAAGCAGGUCUUGAUAAAAGUCCACCAACUCUUAGCCCUAGAACGAUAUCCGACACUGAUUUUGACGCUGCAAGUACCGGAAGUCCUAGUAUGAGCAUCAGCGGCGAGAGACGUAGAGCACGUAAACCGAAUCUAGAGGAUAUUGUACGUAGAAUGAAAGAAGUGGAAACAGAUUAUUAUAGUGAGGAUAGUGAAAAUGAUGACUCAAAUGAAGAUAUGCAAGAAGGGCAUGAUGAGGUGGAUGGUGAUUUGUCAGUCAGAAUGCCUGUGUUAGCCAAUCAAAUGGAUGGAUUAAAAGAAGGCAAGAAUUUCAAAGAUGGUGAUAAUGUAACCAGUUACGAUCAGAGAGAUUUUAUGAAAAAUGGACUGAAUGAAAACAAUAACAUAAUUGAGAAAACACGUCAAGAUGAAGUAGAUAAAGAAAAUAAAGGUCACACUGUUGGUGACGGCGAUAUUGAAAAUAAUGGUGUACCACUUCCGGCUUCGAAGCUAGAUUCUGUCGGACAAAAUGGUGAAUCUGUAAUCAAGCAGACUGGCAAUGUGACUUCCCCUCACAGUACGUCAAAUAAUUGGCUCCAUGGAAACAGUCCUUUCAAUGGAUUUCCGAUGUUCCCAUUCCAAACAAACCCUGCAGAGCUUCCAUUCUCAAAAUUUAUGAAUCCAUUUGAAAACAAAUUCAGCUCACCCGAGUUGGAAAAAGAUUAUCUUAAAUGCCAAUACUGCGAGCGAACAUUUCGACGACAGAAGAAUCUUGAAAACCACAUAGAAAACACGCAUCACGGGAAGAGUCCACAGAGAAAGAAGUCCGGCGAGACGGGAGGGGACAUGUAUUUCAAGUGUACACACUGUCCUUACACAACAAAGCAUCAGAGCAAUUUGUAUGUCCAUCUGCGUAUACAUACAGGGGAGAGACCAUACAUUUGUGGUGCAUGUGGGGUACAGUACAGUCAGAGUCACAGUCUAAAGUCACAUAUCAUCAACAAGCAUGAUAGUAUCAUGUCAUAUUACAUCAAAGAAAAACGUACCCGCUCACCUAGAGGUCUGGGUUACCUAGCAACACAGCCAAUACCGGGAGAAUCCCCAGUGUUCAAGAUGCCGGCAUCUCCAAUGAUGCCCCAACCAUUCCCUGGCAACCCAAAUGGCCUUCACCUUCCACAGACAUCUCCAAGCCAACAGCUCAAGCAUUCACCACCAUCUCUUAUGCAGAAUAACCAGUCUUCUGUACCACAUUCACCAGUUCUUUCACCAAAUUACCCACAAUCCCAGCAGCAAAUGUCUCCUGGAAACCAGCAGCAACAACAACAGCAGCAAAUGUCGCCACAUCAGCAGUUACACCGACCACCAUUCCCGCCAUUUCAUCACAUGCUCCCAGAGGGUAUGGAAAUGGCGCAAAAAUCUCUCGAGUUUGCUAAGCUUGGUUUAAUGAACUUCCCAUUUUAUGGAAAACCGUUCCAUAGUAAGCCAAGUCCACCUUUCCACAUGAAUGGACAUGGCCCGAUAUCCCCACAGUUCACCAAUGGACAAAAUCUUCAACAGCCAAGGCAGCAACCAACGGAACAAACCAUGCAGCAAAAUGGGGGAGGUCAGCAACAGCAAUAUCACAAAACCCAUAAUCCAUUGCAAGAAAUCCAUGAUAACAGACAUCAAGACAAUACUGGUGCUAUCGAUCUGAGAAAGAAAUGCAAGGAAGAGGCACUCGAUUUAGCUGUAUCCGACAAAAACAUGAAGUGUUCAGAAGAAGGAACCAAAUGCCCGAAUUGUCUUCACUUGCUGAAGCUAAAGAUGCUGCGAAUGAACGUUGUAAGAAUGUUGAGCAUUUUAGUACCAAAUCUUAACUUUGAAGAGAAGGGAAUCAAUGCGGAAGGAGAUUCGGUUGAUGAUCUCUUACGUGAUGUUAUAGAGAGCAAUAUACACGAUGAGGAGUUGAAUGAUUAAGCUAUAAAUAGAAAUCCUGUACAAAUAAGAAACAAUUUUUUUUUCGUAUGACGAUGGAAAUUGUCUUGUGGAAGGUGUUUUACAUGCAAACUGAAUGAAUAAAAAAAAGUAUUUACUUUUCAUGUUGUAUUAAUCAUCGCAUGAGAAGUUUGUUUUGUGCAGCAAAUUGUGGCAGCAAUCAUGCAUUCAUUCUAGUUACGCACAAGUUGUAGUAUUAAAGUGACUUUUUACACAAAAGCAUCCAUAUUUGACAAUUGUUGGAGAGUUUAUUCUAUAUAUAGUGAACUUAUGGUGCAAUAACUCAUGUCUCAUUCGGAAUAAGUUCCCUUUGUUAAACAUUGACAUAUCAAGAAAGAAUUAGACAUCAAUCGUGUAGUGUUGGACAUUCACGUCAGUUCAUUCGAUAGCUUCGUCUCAUUUACAUAUCGCAUAUGAUUUGCAUAUUUCAUUUUGCUAUCCAGCUUAAAGGAGCUGAAUUCGAUACUGCCGUGUAUCAUGUACUAAUUUCGGAAAAUCCUGCCGCAUACAUUUGCACGUCAUAUUUUUCAAAAGUCCAUUGAAUCAUUUAUUUUUAAAGAGAUCACUAUUUAUUGAGUGAAAAUCCUGCCAUGGUACUCGCGUUUAGUGAGGAAUGAGCGAUCAUUCGAAAUCGGCCAUAAUUGGUGUUCGGACUUUGUUUCAUUAAGGAUUUUUUUCCUAGUCAGUGUAGACAAAAGUAUUCCAAAGAUUUAUACAUUAUUAUGAAGUGAAUGGAACAAUCCACUUUUUGUCAAGGUUGUUUACAUGAACUAUUUUUGUGUGAUGUAAAAUAUUUUUUAAUGUCUCAGUUAAACUGUAGGCAUUGUGUUUUGUUGAUUUCAUGACUUUGGGUCACAGACCUUCAUUUUCACAUUUAAUUCUGGUGAAGUUUGGAGCAAACUACAGAUUUUGUGUCUUAUAUCCUAUACCCUAUGGGCAGCAUACACAUUUUUAGAACUAAUGCUUCUUACCCUUAGUGCUGAAAUGGAACAUUCCAUAAUGACUCGGACAUUCCACUUGUUUCUGAAGGGGUUAUACACAUUCCAAAAUGGACCUGUCCAUUACGUAUAGUGCGAAGAAACAUAUUUUGAUAUCUCUAUGGAUGCAGCAGACGCAGACCAGAUAUUUGGAGACAGACUAUAGAAAUAGCAGCAGCAGACGGAAACCAGAUAUUUGGAAACAGACUAUAGGAGUAUAAGCAGCUGACACAAAAUUCCAUGUGAUGAUGAUUUCUUCCUUCAUCAAACAACAUCAUGUUGUGUGUCAUAAGACUUUUAUGCAAGGUGCCUUUUAAACUGGCAGCCAGUUCGGUGAACUAUUACUAUUUUUAGUGCUACCAUUUUCUGCAAAUCUGUAAUUUGAUCUGAAAUUUCCACUGAAAGGUCAACUGGUGCUUAAAUGCAAUACAGUUGGUGGUUGGCGAACAAACCAAAGACAAUUUAGUUUAGGUUGACUUAUAGUGUUUAUAUUAUACAUGUUUAAUGUUUUUUUGUGAACUAUGUGCUCAUUUGUUUUGUUGUACAUUUCACAUUUUUUAGAAACUUGUAGUUGUGCAUUGUGUUUUUAAUUAACUAAUACUGUUUUACAAAUUAUGUGUUCCUGCGGCUCUUUAUGAUUAUGAAUUUGUACAUACAAGUUGUUCUGAAAUUGUCAGUUUUCGUCAGCCAAAAUACAGAGUUGCAUUUAAUAUGCUAAUCACUAUUUUUCCUGUGUAAAAAAAAAUAUUAACAAGUCUUUUACCUGGCCUGAUAUGAACCCACCAAUUAAUAGUUCUGUUUUUGCUAUUACUGUACUUAACCUGUUAAAAAGUGCUCCUUGAUGUGUCUCAUAGGAAGCAUUCUUAAAUAUGCUUCUUUUAAUUGUCAUGAGCUGAUAUUAACAUUUUUUUAAAAAAAUUUUACUUAUUUACUUGUAUGUGGAAACAUCCAAAAUUAUUGUUUUAGAAAGGACUUAAAAUUUUUGCUUCAAAACUGCCAGAGAACUUGUUAAGGAGCAGUUCUUAGGCCUUGUACAUGAACUUUGGAUCAGAGACGAAUAAAAUGUAUGAACUGUGGUGCAUUAGACUGUUUAGGGCAUACAUACAUAUACCUAAAGCAUUUUACUACUUGUCACACACAUUUCAUUGCACAGAAAAAAAAGUAAUUCUUUUAUUACCUUUAUUUUUGUAAGUGACUGGGCAACUGUAAACAAAGCCGAGUAUAAUGUACCUGUUGGUGAUGUUUUUGUUCUUUGAAGUUUCACUGCUGCUUAAAAUGCAACUGAAAAAUGAGUGUAUUAAAACUAAACAAGAGAACACAGUGAAUUAAAUAGCAGAUUUGCCUAGUAUGUGUUUUCGUAUAUUUUGCUUAGUAUGUCAAAUAUAUGGUUAUUUGUUUUGAAAAUCAAAAUUAUGAUAGUUUUUACUGCUGAUUUUUAAGCCUAGUCCAGUACUUAAGUAUUGCUUGUUUUUGUCCAAAUUCUGCUCAAAACUUAAGACCAUUCUAAAAGCUGUAGUACCUGAUUGGCUGAUGAGCACACAUUUGAAAUUGACCAAUGGCAAGGUUGCAUUGAAUUUUUCAUAGACUGAUGCCAGUUGUUCUUAAAAUGAGAAAGAAAAUGUAAUUUGCUGUAAUUUAUUUCCUAUAUUUUCAAUAUCACUGAAACAAAAAUUUGCUUUGGUUAUCGGAAAUGAAAAAUGGAAAGCAACAAAUUGAAUUGCACAUGAAAAACAAGCAAUAUUUUCUGUAUGGCCUUUUUUGCGAUGUUUAGAUAUUAAUUGCAUUCAAGAUAAAAGGAUAGUGAAAUCUGAAAACCAUAGCCAUUAUUGGAGUAUUCAGACUUUAGUUGGAAAAGUGGCUAUAUAAUGUAUUUUACCUUUUGAUAAAACUGUUAAGAUUUCUUUAAAAAAAUGUAGACUUUAAAACAUCUAUAUAAUUUGUAAUGUUUUUAAGAAAGAUGUUAGAAAUUUGAAAUGUGUUUUCAGUAACAAUGAUUAUAUUGAUGGAAUUACAAGCUUUUUUGAUUGGUGCUUAUUUACAGAAACUGUAUUUAAAUUAACAUUUAAGGCCUACAUAUCAGUAAGGCCACACCAGAAUAAUAUUUUUUUGUUCUAUAGAUUGUACAGGAUUAAAAAAUGUCAUCAAUUGUAACAAGAUAAAGACAAAAAACAAAUUUAGCUUACCAUGUAUAAUUGACAUUUAUAAAAUCUAUUUAAAGUACUGAAAUGUCCAUUGCUUUGUGGGAUUUAUAAGCUCUUUUGUAACACACAAAAAAAACACAGUUAAUAUAUAAUGGUUUCCAAAAAGUCAGAAAGGAACUUCAGAUAUUAAAGUUUGGGUUGCAAAAAAUUUCAUCUUAUUGGCGAACUCUUUCUGUCGAAGAGGGCUAGGAGAAGGGAACUUAGAACAAUGAAAGAAAAUUAUGAAUUUUAUAACUUCUUUUUUGGAGUGGGGUUUGGGGGGGGGGACUUAUUUCCAGUACAGUCUGUAAAACAAAAGAUUUUCUUGAUGUAGCCUUACAGUGAAAUGACCAGAGAAAAUGAAUGUCCAGAGACUUUGUGCCUAUAGAAUCCAGAGGGCAGCAUAUUUUAAUGUUUUUGAAUCAUCUUUAAUCUUUAAUUUCAAGUAUGCUUGUUGUACUUUGGUCCCUUUUUUUAUUCGUCAGUCUGUAACAUAACUGCAUGUUCUUUUUUGUGUUUUGUUAAAAAUCAAAUUGUUUUAUUGUUGCAGCCUAAAAUAAUGUUACUUUAGUGUUCAGAAAAAUGAUCAUGAAAGAAAAUUAAAAAAAAAAAGUUUCAAAUAGCUUCAGUAUAGGGGAUAAAGUGAUUGAGGAAAACUGCUGACUUACACAAGAAAUUUGCUCUAGAAGUAUAAGGAUUUAACAAAAAAAGAUAUUUUUUGUCUUUCCUUCUGUCUCUUUUAUAGAUUUAUGUAACAAAUAAUUUGUUCCUAUUGAAAUUCUCCUUAUUAAACCAAUUUAUAUCCAGUUUAAAUUAUAGGGUCAAUCUCGAUACAGCAGGAACUGCCAUCUUAUUUUGUAAGAAUUUUUUUUUUGAGUGGUGGAGAAGGUGUUGGAACACUAAUAUAACUUUAAAUGUGCAACAUAUUACUGUAUAAAAAAAUAUAAAGAAUUAACCCUAAAAAGUUGUUUUAUUGGGUAGAAGAAGCACAUUAUUUUUGACAAUUUUUGCAAAACUUACAUUUAAGAUCUUACACAUUUUGAACCAUUUUUGACUUGUAAAUUUACAAAUUGAAUCCUGUUCUUAACAUGUGAAAUGGCAAUGAUGUUAUUCUCAGAAUAUUUGUAUUAUAGAUAGGAAAGAUAAGUCAUGAAAAUGUUCCACAGAGUAACUUCCCUUUUAUAACCAAUAUUCUGUUUAGUUUCAAGAGUAACUUCCCUUUAUAUCCAAUAUUCUGUUUAGUUUCAAGAGUAACUUCCCUUUAUAUCCAGUAUUCUGUUUAGUUUCAAGAGUAACUUCCCUUUAUAUUCAAUAUUCUGUUUUACUUUCAAGAUCCUUGAGGCUACAUUCCUAAAACUUAUACAAACAAAUUGUAAAUAUUUUAUGCACAACUUUGCCAAUGGUUUGUUGAAUUUUUUGUUUUAGUUUACAUAUCCUGACUGUGUUUUUGUUUUUUAUAUAACUGACCUUAUCAUUCCAAAAGGAAAAAAAACUUUUAAAAGUCUUAAGUUCAAAUAUGUUUUGUUUGCUUCCUUUCAUUCACCCUUAGAGUAAAAUUUUUUUUAUAAAUUUUUAAAACUUUGAGGGUUAGUGUAAGAUGUUUUUGUUCAUGUUUUCUGUAAGAAAUCAGAUUUGUAUGGUUGAAUUUAACAUCUACAAUUUGAAAUUAUACACCUGUCAAAAGGCAAUCACAUUUGCUUUAACAUUUUAGUUACUCAAAUGCUUUUAAAAAUUCCAAAAUUGCAUCUAGUAAAAUCAAGGAAGAAAAUUGAAUUGUUAUUAAUGUAAAUUCUUAGUCUAACAAAAACGAUCAGUGUAAGUCGGAUGCCAAAAUGAUAAUAAAUUUUGUUUUCAUUUUAUUUUUUGUUUCACAUACGUAAGCCAAAAACGCUCAUUCUGUUGAAUAUUUCAUACCAUUGAUUUUAGUGUAGGUGGAUACAUUUUUCAAUGUUUCUUGUUUCAAGGCUUGAAAACAGAGCAUUACAGCAGUUACAAUAAAAUCAUUAAUAUAUUCUGAAAAGAAAAAAAAACAAGAUUUUAAUUUCCAUAUUCUGGAAUAGAAAGGCAGUGUAGCAAGAAUUCACCAUUUCCUUUAUAAACUAUUAUGUAAUAUUUAUAACAAUUUUAUGAAGUGCUUUAUUUCGUUAUAAGGCUCGUAUUUGUAAGUUCUAAUGCAUAAAAUGCAGCAAAAAGUUAACGCUGUAUAAUUCCUAGUCUUCUUUUUAAUGUAGUGGACCUAGAAUGACAUUCGUCACAUUGUGAUUUUAUGUAUUCAAAUUCGGAACUCAGAAUUUUUCCGACCCUUUACAGAAAGCCAUGUGCAUGUUGUGCUAUAUUUACGACCAAAGAAUUCCAAAUUGCCGAAUUGGUACAUGUGAAAACACAGAAAUAGCCGAGUGCCAUAAUGGGUCCAUGACUUUUAAUUCCAAAAGUUAUCUGCCUACAUUAUAAUUAUCCGUUAAAAUCAUAAAAAAAAAAUCCACACAGAUCUCAGCUUUGAAUAUCGGUAUUGGAGGAUGUCUGUCUCGGUAAAGUAAAUUGUUUUUAAAAAUGAUGUUAUAUACAAAAUGGUAGAAGUAGUGCUGAAUUUGAAUGUUUUGUUUUUGUAAAUAAACCAAAUUAUGUCAUUACGACAUUUGAGCCACGCCAUGAGAAAACCAACAUAGUGCAUUUGCGACCAGCAUGGAUCCAGACCAGCCUGCGCUUCCGCGCAGUCUGGUCAGGAUCCAUGCUGUUCGCUUUCAAAGCCCAUUUCAGUUAGAGUAACCGUUAGCAAACAACAUGGAUCCAGACCAGACUGCGCAGAUGCGCAGGCUAGUCUGGAUCCAUGCUGGUUGGAAAUGCACUAUGUUGGUUUUCUCAUGAUGCGGCUCAUUUAUAUUUUCCAUGUAAUCUGCAUGAUCUUGCAGUUAUUUGCAAACAGAGUGCUAUAUUGUAUCAAUAUUCAUUUAUUCGCUUGUACAGAGAUUGUUAUAACUAAUAAUUUCUCUGUAAUACAGUUUUAUUCCACCAAAUUUAAUAUAAAUUUUUGUACAUUUUUAUUAAACGUUUUGUUUAACGCAGCUCUUACUUUGUUUUGAUCUCAGCCAAAAAAAAAAUUACACUAGCUUUACUUCGCACAUUGAAAUAUUUUUGAGGAAAAAAAAUCCCCAAAAGUGUUUCUGUUACAGCAUUUAUUCUUUAGGGACCAAAUAAGGUAUGUGUUUUACGUCUCAUACAUUUAGCGAGUGUAUUACAAUGAUACCAUUGACUAGUCUGUAACUAUUUUCUUUUGUUAGAAAGGUUAAAGUUAUUGAAAUAUUACUUUUGUUGAUGUUUAUAUGGUAAAAUUGUAUCGGAUCUCUUUGUUAAGGUAGCAUUUCGUAACAACAGUCAACAUAGUCUGUUUCGUUACGUAUUCUGAAUAAUAACAGGAUUUCGGCAUUUUGGUUCUUACAAUUAACAGAGGAAGAAUGCCGAAAAAAGUUAUGAUUGAGAAUAAAAAUAAUUGGACAGAUUUUGAUGGUGGAAAUUACGGUUCUGCUACUUUAAUAUUUUAUUUCUAUUGUUGACUUUGCUGAAAUAGAAAAAAAUAUUAGAAAAAAGAAGAAAAAACUACUGUUUAACAGCUUGGUUCUCCUAUAAUAGCCCACCUACAUAAUUGUUAUAAUUUAUAUACAUAGGCUAAGGUUGUAAAGUCCUUUAGACAUAUUCUUAUGUUAAAACCCACAUUGUUUUUCUCAGUUUUUUUGUUCAAAGGCAGACAUAGAAAGAAAACUAAAUUGAUAUUCUUGCCUUCAAAAAUGUACAAAAAAUUCUUUACUUAGAAAAAAACAUUUAGUAUAAAAGAUAACUGUGUUUUAGAAAAUAUUGUCUGUUCUUUUUUGGCAAUUAUGAUAAAGUUGUGUAUAAAUCAAUUUUUUUGAGUAUAGAUUAGUAUUUUUGAAAUGAUUUUGAGUAUAAUUCAUUUGUUGAAAUAGCGCAGUUUGUUGAAUAGAAGGUUAAAGUACUUACUUUUAUAUGUAAUAGAAAAUAUAUAGUCCUGUGGUUUGGGUUUUUUUAUGUAAGAAUUUGUUUUUAUGGUCUACUACAACCUUAGUAAUACACGCAUGUACAUACACAGGCAAUUUUAUAAAUUAUAUAAUUUUUUGCUGUAUAAUUUUGUCAAAAUUAUUGUUUGUUGUUUCUAUAAUUUAUAUACAUUUUAGCAUAUUUUUGGUAUAUAUUGAAUAUAUGCAUAUUAUAUCGUAUGUGAAGCUAUGAAUAUUGUACUUUGAUUUUUAUUCGAUGUUUUUAUUGCAAGAUUCUGUCCCCUAGAGAAUUGAAUUGUGUACAUAGUUAUAUAGUUCAUAAGAUUAUUUUAUUGUUUUUAAGAUAUAAUUUUCACUAAAAAACGAUUUCUGUGCUAGAUAUCUUUAAAGAGUAACUAUCAGCUAUUUUUGUGCUAGAUAUCUUUAAAGAGUAACUCUCAGCCUUUAAAGUGGUAGACGGUAUAAUGUUAAAACUGUGGCCUAAUGGAAAUACAUCUAAAGAGAUUGCUGGUCUUUCAGAGUGAUGUUUUACACAUUUAUGCAACAAAUGAAUAAUGCAAGUAUUAUGCGUAACAAUCUUGAUAACAGAAGUAAAGAGUUCCAAGUUUCGUCUUUAAUAACACAACUCCCAAAUUGAAUAAUAACAGGUAGAUCUAGUGAUAACGGUUAUUUUGUUUUGUGUAAAAUAACAGUUUUGUUAAUUUCAAAUACUGUCCUUACUGCUAGUAUUAUUUACUAGUUAAUAAAGAGUAAAUUUUGCCUUAAAUUUUACCAAGGUGCAUUCCACACCAGUAGUCAACAAUUUAAAAUUUCCAUCUGGCAAGAUGCUGGUGUUUUAAUUCUUCAGGCAAGGUAAAUUUUAAAUUAUGUGAAAAUAAAUUGUGUAAAAAAGUAACAAGUUUUUAAUAUCUCUUAAAAAAACCCUGAUUUUCCCUUUUGAAAAAUCACAAAUUUAAUUCAACAGUUCAGGAAAAGCACAGAAUUUUCACCAAAUGAACAUUAAAAGUCACAGAAAAAAUAAGUCAAAAGUUACCCUUUACUAAUAGUUAAUUAAUGUUAUGAAUUUUUCUCAUCUUGCUAUAGUAAAUGUAUAACUAUUUGACUAGUUUUGUCUCCUAUAAUGGUUGUGAUGAUACGAUUUGUUUGCCUGCUGUAUGGUGAUUCAAAUGUUUAACCCUUACCCCGCUAAAUUUCUAUAAUGAACUUGUCCGUCUGUUAAUUUGGACAGUACCAUUAAGUGUUAAAAGGGGAUGCUUACCAAAAAGAUACUGACUGAAUAGCGAACAGUGCAGAUCAUGAUCUAUACUGGCCGCAAAGGCAGAAUCAUUCAUGUCCAGCAUGAUAACGGUUAAGAAAAAUACCAUUCCUAGUCUUUCUAAGUAUGCUUAGAAAUCAAUUAAUUCCAAACAUUUGGCUCGCAACUGAAUAAUUUGUAUUCAAAAUAUAGUGCAAAUGACUUUAAUAGAUGCUUAACUUUAAAGAAAUAAAUAGAUUAAAAUAAUGGACACAAAAAUAAGCGUACUUGCAAUUUUGCUUUGAUAGCUUUUAAAAGUCCUUUUUAUAGGAUGAAAAGUGAAUGCUUUGAUUAAAAGACAAGUAAAUAAGAUUGUAGAAAUUGUGAUAUGCUUGGAUCACAGUAACUGAUUCAGAUAUAUUCUUAAAUAGCUAUGCUCAAUGAUCAAAAGUUCUUAAAAUUCUAAAACCUUUUGUACAUUUUUGUAUUUUUCAUUUAAAUGAUGAUUGUUAAUCUUUAAGUAGCCAAAUGAGUAAAGAAAAAUAAGCAAGUGUUACCCAUAUAGAUAUUUCAGUAUAAAUCAGAUAUAUAACUUGAUGUGAAAAAAAUUAAUGUUGUAGAUUGAGUGUAAGUGAAAAUGAAAAUGUUUCUGUGGAAUGAAACGAUGAAAGAGGAGUUUUUCAGAUGUUUUGAAUGUAUUAUUAUACAAGUAACUUCCUUGUUAAACUGUCACUGCCAUCUUCCAAAACAUAAGUGCCAUUUUUAUUUCCUGCAGACUGUGUCAUUUUAAUUUUCUAUAGACUGUGUCAUUUUAUUUUUUCUUUAGCUUGUGUUCAGGUUGUGUUCAAGCUAUUCUUGUAUUUCUAGUGUUCAGCCAUUUUGUGUUCAUUUUGUAGUUAUUUUAAAACUAUCUGAUAAUUUCUGGAUGUGUUCAUUCUCUUUUAUUUUGAUUUUUUAAGAGUGCAUAUCAGUUUUUGUAAAAAUACGUAUUAUAUAAACACCUACAGUGAAAAAAGUGUUCUCAGUUUGUAAUAUUUUAUCAUAUCAUUUCUUUUAAGAAAUUCGUUUUUUUUCCAUCAACAGAAAUGGAUGAUGAAAAAAUCAGUGUUUUUCCAUUACACAUUGGCAUUCUCAGUAUGUGAUUAAUUGGUAAUUAUUCCAUUUGUCUCUUCGAUUCACAAAUUAAUCAGGGGUGGGUUUAUCGGUAGAUAACGUCACAUGUGUUCUCUCUGAGGAAUCACUCUUAUUUAAAUAGAAAAAAAACCAUUUAUAAUGAAGAAAAAAAUAUUUCUCAAUUAUUUAUUCUUUUCUAAUGCCUUUUUUUUCUUCUUGUUUUGAGAAAGGGUUUUUAAAAAUUGUCGACAAAAACUCUCAUUUAUAGCAUGCUUAUACGUUCUUUUGUUCAUGAACAAAAAUCUUUUUAUGUCCGGUGUUUUUUUGUUGUUGCAUUUGUUUAAUCCUUUCCAUGAUGAUUUUUGUUUGUUUCCUUUUAGAAGUUAUGUUAAACAUUUUGAAAUGUUUUGAAUUUUGUUCAUUUUCUUAUGUUUUUCGAUACUUAACUAUGUGCUGUACUAACUUAGAUCUAUUUUAUUGUGUUCAUUGUUUGAUUAUUAAUUAGUAUUUUUUAACCAUUUCUUACACACGAAAUGGCCUCUCCCUUUUUGGAGAUAAAGAAAACCCUAACUUGUAGUAUUUUGAUCAGUUUUUACAUAAUUAGUACUAAGUUUUUCUGCGUACUUUACAAAUUAACAAAAAUUAUUUUGGGUGCUUACAAUGUACAUGUGUUUUGUGUAGUAUGACUGCGCGAGAAUAACCUGUGUGUUAGAUAUAAGAGCAGUCAGUUGUCUGUAGGAUGUAGUUAAAUGGUGAAAUAAAGCAAUACGUAGAAACUGA